GUUUUCUGUAAAACGUUUUAAGUGGGAGAGUUUGGUUUGGUUGUUUAUUGCAAAGAAAACGGUACACUUGCUUUGUCAUAGCGUUAUGUAGUUAAAUUCUAGUAGUAAUUUAAAUACCUACCUGCGUGUGUGUGUAUGUAUAGUGGCACUGGCAUAUCAGUAUGAGAAAUUGCUGCUAGUGUUAGCACCAGAGACAACUCUGGUAGUACUUGGCACUUAGUUUCAUUGCAUGUCGUGCUUUUAAUAGGUUGUUACUUGUUAAAGACUGCCUAAAACGAUAUGGCUAACAAAAAUGUUAAAAGUAAUGAAGCUAAAGGACAAUCCAAAGCAGUGGAAAUUUAUUUAAUUGCUUACAAUGCAAUUCAAACACUAGGGUGGUCAUACUUGCUGUAUCAGCUCAUAUCAUUCUACCUCCUAUCCAACACCACCAAAUCUCUAUACAACACAGUAAAAUGCACAGUGAUCAUUUUUCAAAAUGCCGCAGUUUUAGAAGUAGUGCAUGCAGCCAUGGGUAUGGUAAAAUCCAAUCCUGUUCUUACAGCUUUCCAGGUAGCUUCCAGAGUUAUAGUUGUAUGUGGGGUUCUCAUGGCCACCGAGGCACCUCGUGAAUCUAUAGGACUCACUUGUGCUCUCACAGCCUGGUCCAUAACUGAAAUUAUAAGAUAUGCCACCUACACGUUAAAUUUGCUGAAUAUUGUGCCCUACGUCUUGAAGUGGUUAAGAUACACAUUGUUUAUUGGAUUGUAUCCACUUGGGGUAACUGGAGAACUGUUAUGUAUAUAUGCCUCACAGAGGGAAGUGGGAGAUAAUCAGUUGUAUUCUGUGAAAAUGCCGAAUGCAUAUAAUUUUAUAUUCAGUUAUCAACAUUUACUUUGGUUCAUCAUGUUACUAUACAUCCCAUUGUUUCCACAGCUGUACUUACAUAUGCUCUCACAAAGGAGGAAAGUUUUGGGAGCAACAUCAAAAAAACAUACAUAAAUUCCUCAGUUAUUUAUUUUAUUUUCGAAUGCUUGUGGUUGUUAUAAAACUUUUUUACUUUA